CCGUCUGAGGCUGCGGGCUGAAGCGGAGGCCGCUCGCUCUUCGCCGGUCUGCGCAGGAAUCUCGGGAAGCCACAAUGCGGCACAAUCAGAUGUGUUGUGAGACACCACCUACUGUCACUGUUCAUGUGAAAUCAGGUUCUAAUCGGUCACAUCAAACUAAAAAGCCUACCAAUCUGAAGCGUCCUAUUUUCAAAGAUAGUUGGCAAGCAUCUGAAAAAAAUGCACAUAACAACAAAUCUAAGCGGCCCAAAGGACCCUGUCUAAUUAUACAGCGUCAGGAAAUGACUGCUUUCUUUAAAUUAUUUGAUGACGACUUAAUUCAAGAUUUCUUGUGGAUGGAUUGCUGUUGUAAAAUUGCAGACAAGUAUCUUUUGGCUAUGACCUUUGUUUAUUUCAAGAGAGCUAAAUUUACUAUAAAUGAGCAUACCAGGAUAAAUUUCUUUAUUGCUCUGUACCUGGCUAAUACAGUUGAAGAAGAUGAAGAGGAAGCCAAGUAUGAAAUUUUUCCAUGGGCUUUAGGGAAAAACUGGAGAAAACUGUUCCCUAAUUUCUUAAAGUUAAGGGACCAGCUCUGGGACAGGAUUGACUAUAGGGCUAUUGUGAGCAGGCGGUGCUGUGAAGAGGUUAUGGCCAUUGCACCAACCCAUUACAUCUGGCAACGAGAGCGCUCUGUGCAUCACAGUGGAGCUAUUAGGAACUACAACAGAGAUGAAGUUCAUCUGCCCCGGGGUCCUAGUGCCACACCAGUAGACUGUUUACUGUGUGGUAAAAAAGGAAGAUAUAUGAGAUUGGGACUGUCUUCAUCAUCAUCUUCAUCCAGUGACACAGUAGAGCUAAUGGAAAAACACUCUCAGGAAUUACACAAUUCAUUAUCAGUGGACAUGAUAGGUGAACCUUCUCAAGCCAAUAGCUAUUCUCAAGUAGCCAAUGACCAUCAAUCAAACAAAGAAAAGGAAACUAAUUUUAUGAAGAAAGGCAGAGCUAUGGAGUGGUUUACAGGAAGUGAAGAAUGACGUGGCUCAAGUAAAGCAACCUGGAAUUAACUACAGAAUAUCAAAAUAAAUGCAAGACAAUGUCAAAAUGGGACAGAUACCCAGUUGUACAAUAUUCUUUAGCUUCUGUUAUUCUUCAAACAUAUGUAAAAGUUAUACAAGUCAUAGUAAUAACUAAAAGUACCAAUUUAUGACAGUGAUUGAUAAUACGAAAUUCUAAUUUGACACUUCUCUGCCUUCAAGUUGGUAGCUCUCAUCUCAGGUAUCUCAGUCCAGCUGUGGUUUGACCUUUCUCAA